AUGACAACCCCAUCGACUGCUUCUCAUUCGGGUCCAGAUCAUCUGGUUACUGUCAAGGUACUCUACAAUGACAGUAACCGUCGCUUCAAGGUUCCUCUCAAGGAGCUGAAGGCCCAGGUGUUUCCACAGUUGCUAAGAACACUCCUCGGCGUUCCGGCGGAUGUCAACGUCAUCCUUGAACGCUAUUCCGACAGUGCUAGCUCUUACGUCCGCUUGGACUGUGACAACAUCGCAGUUUACAAGCAACUCUACCGGGCUGCCAAGGCCAAAUCUAAACUCCGUAUCAAGGUUACUACUCUCACUUCCCCAAACACAUCGGCACCAACACCAGUACCAUCAGAACCCACUGUGCCAAUGGAGUCAACCAACCAAACUCGUCACAGUUAUCUCGAAACGGUCCUGAGCCCUUUGGCGCCUCCCAAUAAUAUCCCCCUGGUAGACUCGGCCGAGGUUCCUCAUCCCACGGGUGAGAAACAGUUGCCUCUCGGUCAACCUCGCUACCGCCCCUUCGAGAUGGACCAAGAAAAGCAUCAGUUCCCGGUUAUCUCCCACGCCUCAUCCAACGGAAUGUUCUGCAUUGACUGCAAUCACUGUGGUCGAUCUAUUGCAAAUGCGCAUUAUCACUGCAGCAUUUGCGAGAACGGGGACUAUGACUUGUGCCUACAGUGUGUCGGUUCUGGCGCAUCUUGCCGCGGCGAAGGCCACUGGUUGAUCAAGAGGACUGUCAAGGACGGUGUUGUCACAAACAGUACUACUGAGACUAUUGCUCCUCGUGAUCAGUCAGCGCUGGAGUUCAACCCCGCCCUACCUACUCAGAUUCAGCGCGAGGUGAUCACCAAGCCGGUCGUCCACGUUCCUGAAUCGGUCCAAGAGUCUACCCCAAACCCGAUCCCAGAGCCAAUUUCAGAGCCAGUGGCCCCAUCGGCUUGUUCGGAUGUGGCCGUUCCGGGUGAUGACAAGCCAAUGUGCAAUGGAUGCUGCCGUGAAGCCGAUGGAAGCAAUCUCGUCCGCUGCAAUGACUGCGAGGACUAUGAUCUUUGCCUUCGCUGCCUCCUGCGAAAUAAGCAUGGCCACCACCCUGGCCACACCUUCCACCUUGGAUCUGACCGGAACUUUUGCUUGAAGAAUCUGAUCACCUCUCGUUGUCUUCCCGGUCGCCAGUUCCGACACGCUGCUGUCUGUGACGGUUGUGAUAAGCGCAUCGUUGGUGUUCGUCACAAGUGUUUGGCCUGCCCCGACUGGGACUUCUGUCCCGAUUGCAUUUUGACUGCUCCUCAGAACCAUCCUGGUCAUCGAUUCGUGCAAGUUUAUGAAACUAUCGGUGAACCUGCUCGUGAGCAUGAAAUCCACUAUGGUAUCUUCUGUGAUGGUCCUCUGUGCAAGAGCAAACCUGCCCAGAGUUACAUCAACGGAGUUCGCUACAAGUGCGCUGUCUGUGAUGACACCGACUUCUGCGCGAGCUGCGAAGCCCUUCCGACAGACCACCACAACCGCACUCAUCCGCUAGUUAAGUUCAACACUCCGGUCCGCAAUGUGACUGUCAAAACCGUAGGCGACGAUGGUUCAAGUGGACCAGUUGCCCUAGGUGACCAACUGCAUACCUCCACUCGACUCCUUGACCAGGCCGAGCUUGAGGAGCAGGAACCCGUCGAGGUAGAUGCUAGCAAGCCUGUGGAAAAGGUCGAGCCUGAGCCGCUCAUGAGCAAGCCCAUCUCCGAGGCCGAUAGCUCUGAUAUGUCAGACUAUAAGGCAUUCUUUAUCCGUGACACUGUCACCGACGGUACAAAGAUGGUCCCAAAUACCAUGUUCCGCCAGACUUGGACUCUUUACAACCCCGGUCCUGCAGCAUGGCCCGUCGGCUGUGAUGUCCGCUUUGUCGGUGGAGACAAGAUGUUCGAUGUCGAUGUCUGCCACCCAUCUAGCGUCGAAUCUAUUCGCUUGGCGAUGCAAAGCAACAAAUUGCUUGCCCCUGUGGAGCCAGGCGAGAGUGCUGACUUUACUGUCAACCUUCGCACCCCUAAUCAUGAAGGUGCUGCUAUCUCCUACUGGCGGCUGAAACUUCCUAACGGUGUGGCCAUCGGUCACCGUUUGUGGUGUGACGUCGAGGUGCAGACCGCUCUGGAAGAAGCUGACAUCGGCAAGACAUACCCUGCCGUGUCUGAAAUUGCCGGCAGUGGCAUGAUCUUCCCAAAGCUAGAGAAGGAAUCACCGGAGUCAAGUACUCACCAAGCCGAGGCCCCUGCGCCCCAGGUACCGACCUUGUCGAAUUCUUCAGAAGUGGAUGUUCUAGAGGAUGUUGAGAGCCUGACUCUGGACGAUGCCUCUACUGAUGCCGACACUGGCUUCCUGACUGACGAGGAAUAUGAUGUCCUUGACGCCAGUGAUCAGGAAUAUCUUGAUGCCAAGCAGUCCACAAACUGA